AUGUACCGAAUACCGGCAUUUAAGUUCGAGCGAUUUUCGAUUCAUCUCCGCAGCUUAUCUGAUGUUGGCUAUGCGAUAAUGGACCCUCCCGGCGCCCUCAAAACGCCUGGAGUUGCCCUGAGAGUUAUAACCAGCAAUAGCUCCAAAGAUCUUGCAAGACACAGCUCACCGGGCUGCUGGGCAUCCAGCAUCCAAUACUCCUGGCGGGUCAGUAUUGAAACUCUUUCAAGUGUUUGUUGUGAUUGUGAAGCUAAUACGGCGGUCACAAUAAUAGGUAUGGCCAGGACUUCAUCUGGUGAGCUGGCAGCCGCAGUAUCCAACGCUGGUGGACUAGGCGUCAUCGGCGGCCUAGGGUACACUCCUAAGCAACUGCAAGAGAUCAUUGAUGAUCUCAAAUCCAAUCUGAGAGACCCUUCAUUGCCGUUCGGUGUUGACCUUGCUCUCCUGAAACUGGGGGGAGGGGCCCGGAAGACAAAUUACGAUUACACGUCUGGACAGCUUGAUGCUUUAGUAGAUAUCACGAUCAACAGCGGUGCAAAAUUGUUUGUGUCCGCUGUUGGCGUGCAUGUCAUCAAGAAACUGCACGAUGCUGGCAUUCUAAUUAUGAAUAUGAUUGGUGCGCCGAAACACGCGCAAAAGGCUCUGGAAGCUGGGGUGGAUAUGGUUUGCGCAGAGGGUGGCGAAGGAGGCGGCCAUACAGGGUCGAUUGCGACUUCUAUCCUAGUACCUGCUGUGUGUGAUGUUGCGAAGAAUUACAUCUCACCCUUAACCGGCAAACCAGCGAUGGUUGUUGCGGCUGGUGGGAUUUUCAAUGAACGAUCCUUGGCUGCUGCUUUAAUGCAAGGGGCACAGGGCGUUUGGGUCGGGACUCGAUUCGUGGCCUCCAUUGAAGCUGGCUGCUCUAAGACUCAUAAGGAUGAAGUUGUCACCGCUACUUUUGAUGAUACUGUUCGGACUCUUGAUGUCAGUGGUAGGCCCAUGAGGGUCAAAGCAAAUGACUAUAUCAAGAGAUGGGAACAGCAGCCUGAGAAAAUAUUGGCUUUGAUGAAGCAGGGCAUCAUUCCGUAUUCGAAGGAUAUCGAGGAUGAAGUUGAAGAUGCUGAUCAUCCAUUUUUUGAUGGGCCAGGUGGCUGCUGUUAUUGACAAAAUUCAGCCGGCGGCGGAGAUUGUGGACGAAGAUGGUUUCUGGGGCGUAUGAGAGUGUACGUAAGGUAUCUCUGGUAACUUUUAGGGCUUGCUUGUACGCCG